AGCCCCAAGAACCGCCGCCAAGGGGCGGUAAGCCGGAGAUGACUGACAAGAUGUCGAGCUUCCUUCAUAUUGGAGAUAUUUGUUCUCUCUAUGCAGAGGGCUCAACAAAUGGAUUUAUUAGCACUUUGGGCCUUGUGGAUGAUCGGUGUGUUGUACAGCCAGAAGCAGGUGAUCUUAACAACCCACCCAAAAAGUUCCGAGAUUGCCUGUUUAAACUAUGUCCUAUGAACCGGUACUCUGCUCAAAAGCAGUUCUGGAAAGCAGCAAAGCCAGGAGCUAACAGCACGACAGAUGCAGUGCUGCUCAAUAAACUGCACCAUGCAGCAGAUUUGGAAAAGAAACAGAAUGAAACUGAGAACAGAAAGCUGCUAGGAACAGUUAUCCAGUACGGCAAUGUCAUCCAGCUCCUUCAUUUAAAAAGUAACAAAUACUUGACAGUAAAUAAGAGGCUUCCAGCUCUACUAGAGAAGAAUGCUAUGCGAGUGACCUUGGAUGAAGCUGGGAAUGAAGGUUCCUGGUUCUAUAUACAGCCUUUCUACAAGCUGCGCUCCAUUGGAGACAGUGUGGUCAUUGGAGACAAAGUCGUCCUGAAUCCUGUCAAUGCGGGCCAGCCUCUUCAUGCCAGUAGUCACCAGCUUGUCGAUAAUCCGGGAUGCAACGAGGUCAACUCUGUGAAUUGCAAUACAAGCUGGAAAAUAGUCCUGUUUAUGAAAUGGAGUGACAAUAAAGAUGACAUUCUCAAAGGGGGGGACGUGGUGAGGCUGUUUCAUGCAGAGCAGGAGAAGUUUCUGACCUGUGACGAGCACAGGAAGAAGCAGCACGUCUUCCUGAGAACUACGGGGAGGCAGUCGGCCACUUCUGCAACGAGUUCAAAAGCCCUGUGGGAAGUGGAGGUAGUGCAGCAUGAUCCUUGUCGUGGUGGUGCAGGAUACUGGAACAGCCUUUUUAGGUUCAAACAUCUUGCUACUGGACACUACUUAGCAGCAGAGGUAAACCCUGACUAUGAGGAAGAUGACCAGGAGUGUCAAUCCUCACUGGAUCCUGAGCAGGAUGCCUCCCGGAGGGGCCUGCGUGACGCUCAGGAGAAGAUGGCCUACUCGCUGGUGUCUGUGCCCGAAGGAAACGAUAUCUCCUCCAUAUUUGAGUUGGACCCUACAACGCUGCGGGGAGGAGACAGCCUCGUCCCCAGGAACUCUUAUGUCAGACUCAGACACCUUUGCACUAACACUUGGGUUCAUAGUACCAAUAUCCCUAUUGAUAAAGAGGAAGAAAAACCUGUGAUGCUUAAAAUUGGUACCUCUCCAGUGAAAGAGGACAAAGAAGCCUUUGCUAUAGUACCAGUUUCUCCUGCAGAGGUUCGGGACUUGGAUUUUGCAAAUGAUGCAAGCAAGGUUUUAGGUUCCAUUGCUGGCAAGCUGGAGAAGGGAACAAUAACCCAGAAUGAAAGAAGAUCUGUUACCAAACUGCUGGAGGAUUUGGUCUACUUCGUUACCGGUGGAACUAAUUCUGGACAAGACGUCCUUGAAGUGGUGUUUUCUAAACCUAAUAGAGAACGACAAAAACUGAUGAGAGAGCAGAAUAUUCUAAAGCAGAUUUUCAAGCUGUUGCAAGCGCCCUUUACAGACAGUGGAGAUGGCCCAAUGCUGCGGCUGGAGGAGCUUGGAGAUCAGCGUCACGCUCCCUUCAGGCACAUCUGCCGCCUGUGCUACAGAGUGCUCAGACACUCUCAGCAGGAUUACAGGAAGAAUCAGGAAUACAUUGCCAAGCAGUUUGGCUUCAUGCAGAAACAAAUUGGCUAUGAUGUUUUGGCUGAGGACACUAUUACAGCUCUCCUUCAUAACAACCGCAAGCUCCUGGAGAAGCACAUCACCGCUGCAGAGAUUGACACUUUUGUUAGCCUUGUGAGGAAAAAUAGGGAGCCCAGGUUUUUGGAUUAUCUCUCAGAUCUGUGUGUUUCCAUGAACAAGUCUAUUCCAGUGACACAGGAGUUGAUUUGUAAAGCUGUACUGAAUCCAGCUAAUGCAGAUAUACUUAUUGAAACGAAGUUGGUCCUCUCUCGGUUUGAGUUUGAAGAGGUGUCAAGUGGAGAAAAUGCCUUGGAAGUUGGAGAAGAUGAGGAAGAAGUGUGGCUGUUCUGGAGAGACAGUAACAAGGAAAUCCGCAGUAAGAGUAUCAGAGAGUUGGCUCAGGAUGCUAAGGAAGGGCAGAAGGAAGAUCGGGACGUACUCAGCUAUUACAGAUACCAGCUAAACCUCUUUGCUAGAAUGUGCCUUGACCGACAGUACCUGGCCAUAAAUGAAAUAUCUGGUCAGCUGGACGUGGACCUCAUUCUCCGUUGCAUGUCUGAUGAAAACCUGCCGUACGAUCUGAGGGCGUCCUUCUGCCGGCUCAUGCUCCACAUGCACGUGGAUCGUGACCCCCAGGAGCAGGUGACGCCGGUGAAGUACGCGCGGCUCUGGUCUGAGAUACCCUCGGAAAUCGCCAUUGAUGACUAUGAUAGCAGUGGAACUUCCAAAGAUGAAAUUAAGGAGAGAUUUGCACAAACAAUGGAAUUUGUAGAGGAGUAUUUAAGAGAUGUGGUGUGUCAGAGGUUCCCCUUCUCUGAUAAAGAGAAAAAUAAGCUCACUUUUGAGGUGGUUAACCUGGCCAGAAAUCUGAUAUAUUUUGGUUUCUACAACUUUUGUGACCUCCUCAGACUAACCAAAAUCCUCCUUGCUAUAUUAGACUGUGUGCAUAUCACUACAAUCUUCCCUAUUACCAAGAUGACAAAAGGCGAGGAAAGUAAAGGGAGCAAUGUGAUGAGAUCAAUCCAUGGUGUUGGUGAGCUCAUGACCCAGGUGGUGCUCCGAGGUGGCGGGUUCCUCCCUAUGACCCCUCUCGCUGCUGCUCCCGAAGGCAAUGUCAAGCAGAGCGAACCCGAGAAAGAAGACAUCCUGGUAAUGGAUACUAAGCUGAAGAUCAUUGAAAUACUCCAGUUUAUUUUGAAUGUGAGGUUGGACUACAGAAUCUCCUGCCUGCUGUGUAUAUUUAAGCAUGAAUUUGAUGAAAGUAAUGCCCAGAUGUCUGAAUCGCCCACUGGAAGCAGCAGUCAGGAUCUGCCAGCUAAUGUACCAGGAGCCCUGGACUUUGAGCAUAUUGAAGAACAAGCUGAGGGCAUCUUUGGUGGAAGUGAGGAGAAUACACCCUUGGAUUUGGAUGAUCAUGGUGGCAGAACGUUUCUCAGAGUUUUGUUGCAUUUAACGAUGCAUGAUUAUCCCCCUCUGGUGUCGGGAGCGCUUCAGCUGCUUUUCCGGCAUUUUAGUCAAAGACAAGAAGUCCUUCAAGCAUUUAAACAGGUUCAACUGCUUGUUACCAGCCAAGAUGUUGACAACUACAAGCAGAUAAAGCAAGAUUUGGACCAGCUGAGGUCUAUUGUGGAAAAAUCAGAGCUUUGGGUAUACAAAGGCCAGGGUCCUGAUGAGACGAUGGAUGGAGUGCAAGGUGAAAACGAGCACAAGAAAAAAGAGGAAGGUCACAGCAAGUCACAAAAACCUGAAAGUACUAGCAGCUACAACUACCGUGUAGUCAAAGAGAUCCUGCUGCGGCUUAGCAAGCUCUGCGUUCAGGAAAGCGCUUCGGUCCGGAAGAGCCGGAAGCAGCAGCAGAGGCUUCUGAGGAACAUGGGCGCUCACACGGUUGUGCUGGAGCUCUUGCAGAUCCCUUAUGAAAAGGCUGAAGACACGAGGAUGCAGGAGAUAAUGAAGCUUGCACAUGAGUUUUUACAGAACUUUUGUGCUGGAAACCAACAGAACCAGGCAUUGCUGCACAAGCACAUAAACCUGUUUCUUAACCCAGGGAUUCUGGAAGCAGUAACAAUGCAACACAUUUUCAUGAACAACUUCCAGCUUUGCAGCGAGAUUAAUGAACGCGUUGUUCAACACUUUGUCCACUGUAUAGAAACACACGGCAGAAACGUUCAGUACAUAAAGUUCCUGCAGACAAUUGUCAAGGCGGAAGGAAAAUUCAUUAAGAAAUGCCAAGAUAUGGUAAUGGCUGAGCUGGUGAACGCAGGAGAAGAUGUCCUGGUGUUUUACAAUGACAGAGCUUCCUUCCAGACUUUGGUGCAAAUGAUGAGAUCGGAGAGAGAUCGGAUGGAUGAAAACAGCCCGCUGAUGUACCAUAUCCACCUAGUAGAACUGCUGGCUGUGUGCACAGAAGGCAAAAAUGUCUACACAGAAAUCAAAUGCAACUCUCUCCUUCCCUUGGAUGACAUUGUUAGGGUAGUAACCCAUGAAGACUGCAUACCUGAGGUUAAAAUUGCAUACAUCAACUUCUUGAAUCAUUGCUAUGUGGACACUGAAGUAGAAAUGAAAGAGAUUUACACCAGUAAUCAUAUGUGGAAGCUGUUUGAGAACUUCCUGGUUGACAUCUGUCGGGCUUGCAACAACACCAGUGACAGAAAGCACGCUGACUCCAUAUUGGAGAAGUACGUUACGGAAAUAGUGAUGAGUAUAGUCACCACCUUCUUCAGCUCCCCAUUCUCUGAUCAGAGCACCACAUUGCAGACCCGCCAGCCUGUGUUUGUGCAAUUGCUGCAAGGUGUGUUCAGAGUCUACCAUUGUAACUGGUUAAUGCCAAGCCAAAAGGCAUCGGUGGAAAGCUGCAUUCGUGUGCUCUCAGAUGUAGCAAAGAGCCGAGCAAUUGCAAUUCCCGUGGACUUGGACAGUCAGGUCAACAAUCUCUUCCUGAAAUCCCAUAACAUUGUACAGAAAACUGCAAUGAACUGGCGAAUGACAGCAAGGAAUGCUGCCCGCAGGGAUUCAGUGCUUGCUGCCUCCAGGGAUUAUCGCAACAUCAUUGAGAGAUUGCAGGACAUAGUAUCAGCUUUAGAGGACCGCUUACGUCCCCUUGUCCAGGCAGAGUUAUCCGUUCUCGUAGAUGUGCUUCAUAGGCCUGAACUGCUCUUCCCAGAGAAUACAGAUGCGAGAAGGAAGUGUGAAAGUGGAGGCUUCAUUUGCAAGUUAAUUAAGCAUACUAAGCAGCUACUGGAGGAGAACGAGGAGAAGCUAUGUAUUAAAGUCUUGCAAACACUCAGGGAAAUGAUGACCAAAGAUAGAGGCUAUGGAGAAAAGCAGUUUACCAUUGAAUUGGAUAAUGCGGAGCUGCCGCAGCCUCCAGAAACGGAAAACUCUGUAGAGCAGGAGCUUGAUCAAAGUCUACCACAGAGGCAACUGGAGGAUCAUAGAAGGGGUGAGGCACUCAGGCAAGUUCUGGUCAACCGUUACUACGGCAACGUGCGAGCGGCGGGAAGACGAGAGAGCCUCACGAGCUUUGGCAAUGGCCCGCUCUCCGCUGGAGGCCCUAGUAAAGCCGGGGCAGGAGGAGGAAGCUCCGGAUCAAGUUCAAUGAGCCGAGGUGAGAUGAGUUUGGCAGAUGUCCAGUGUCAUCUGGAUAAAGAAGGUGCGUCCAACCUGGUUAUAGACCUCAUCAUGAAUGCCACCAGUGACAGAGUCUUUCAUGAGAGCAUUCUACUAGCCAUUGCCCUUCUGGAAGGUGGGAACACGACCAUACAGCAUUCAUUCUUCUGUCGACUAACAGAAGACAAGAAAUCCGAAAAGUUUUUUAAGGUUUUCUAUGAUCGCAUGAAAGUGGCACAGCAAGAAAUCAAGGCUACUGUCACGGUCAACACAAGUGACUUAGGAAAUAAAAAGAAAGACGAAGACUCGGACAGAGAAGUAUCAAACAGGAAAAGAGUGCGAGAGCCUAUGACCCAAAUCACGGAGGAAGUCCGGGAUCAGCUACUGGAGGCUUCGGCGGCCACCAGGAAGGCUUACAACACUUACCGGCGGGAGGCUGACCCUGACGACCAUUAUUCCGCUGCGGAAGGAGCGCAGUCCGCAGCGGACAAGAGCAAAGAUGACCUGGAGAUGAGCGCGGUGAUCUCCAUCAUGCAGCCCAUCCUGCGCUUCUUGCAGCUGCUCUGUGAAAACCACAAUCGGGAUUUGCAGAACUUCCUGCGCUGCCAGAACAACAAGACAAACUACAACCUGGUGUGCGAGACGCUGCAGUUCCUGGACUGCAUCUGCGGUAGCACCACUGGUGGCCUCGGGCUCCUCGGCCUCUACAUAAACGAGAAGAACGUGGCACUGAUCAACCAGACUCUGGAGAGCCUGACAGAGUAUUGCCAGGGGCCCUGCCACGAGAACCAGAACUGCAUUGCUACCCAUGAAUCCAAUGGCAUUGACAUAAUCACAGCAUUAAUUCUCAAUGACAUCAACCCUUUGGGAAAGAAGAGGAUGGACCUUGUGUUAGAACUGAAGAACAACGCUUCCAAGCUGCUGCUGGCCAUCAUGGAGAGCAGGCACGACAGCGAGAACGCCGAGCGCAUCCUGUAUAACAUGAGGCCCAAGGAGCUGGUGGAAGUGAUAAAGAAGGCGUAUCUGCAAGGUGAAAUUGAAUUUGAGGAUGGGGAGAACGGAGAAGACGUUGCUGCAUCCCCAAGGAACGUGGGACACAACAUUUACAUACUAGCUCACCAGUUGGCUCGUCACAACAAAGAGCUGCAGAACAUGCUGAAGCCAGGAGGUCAGAUCGAGGGAGACGAAGCUCUGGAGUUCUACGCCAAGCACACAGCACAGAUCGAGAUUGUCAGGUCGGACCGUACAAUGGAGCAAAUUGUCUUCCCUGUACCCAGUAUAUGUGAAUUUCUCACCAAGGAGUCCAAGCUGCGGAUAUAUUACACCACAGAGAGAGAUGAACAAGGCAGCAAGAUUAAUGAUUUCUUCAUGAAAUCCGAAGAUCUCUUUAAUGAGAUGAACUGGCAAAAGAAAUUGCGAGCUCAGCCUUUCCUGUACUGGUGUGCUCGCAACAUGUCCUUCUGGAGCAGCAUUUCCUUUAACCUGGCUGUCCUCAUGAACCUACUUGUAGCAUUUUUCUAUCCAUUCAAAGGAAUUCGAGGAGGUACGCUGGAGCCCCACUUGUCAGGCUUGCUGUGGACUGCUAUGCUGAUUUCUUUGGCUAUAGUCAUAGCUCUUCCUAAGCCCCAUGGCAUCCGAGCCUUAAUAGCUUCGACGAUAUUACGACUAAUAUUUUCAGUUGGUUUACAGCCCACUUUAUUUCUUCUGGGUGCAUUCAAUGUUUGUAACAAAAUCAUUUUUCUGAUGAGCUUUGUGGGUAACUGUGGGACCUUCACUAGAGGAUACAAGGCGAUGAUCAUGGAUGUGGAAUUCCUCUAUCACCUGCUGUACCUUUUGAUUUGUGCUCUGGGCCUCUUCGUACAUGAAUUUUUUUAUAGCUUGUUGCUCUUUGACCUGGUCUACAGAGAGGAGACCUUGCUGAACGUCAUUAAGAGCGUGACUCGCAACGGGCGCUCCAUCAUCCUGACUGCCGUGCUCGCCCUCAUCUUGGUCUACCUGUUCUCCAUCGUAGGAUACUUGUUCUUCAAAGAUGACUUCAUCCUGGAAGUAGAUAAGCUCCCGAAUGAAACACUUUUGCCAGAUCGCAUGGAGUCGGGCGAGACCAUGACGGGGGAGUUUCUCUAUUCAGAUGUGUGUAAAGCAGGUAGUGGUGAAAACUGCUCUUCAGUCAUUCCUUCUGAGCAAGCCGUCGCCGAGGAGGCGGAGGAGGAGAACAAGGAGCAUACGUGCGAGACGCUGCUCAUGUGCAUCGUCACGGUGCUGAGUCACGGGCUGCGCAGCGGGGGCGGCGUGGGGGACGUGCUCCGGAAGCCCUCCAAGGAGGAGCCUCUCUUUGCUGCCAGGGUGAUAUACGACCUCUUAUUCUUCUUCAUGGUCAUCAUUAUUGUUCUUAACCUGAUUUUUGGUGUCAUCAUUGACACUUUCGCUGAUUUAAGGAGCGAAAAGCAGAAGAAAGAAGAAAUUUUAAAAACCACGUGCUUUAUUUGUGGUCUGGAAAGAGAUAAGUUUGACAACAAGACAGUCACUUUUGAAGAGCAUAUUAAAGAAGAGCACAAUAUGUGGCACUACUUGUGUUUUAUUGUGUUAGUAAAAGUAAAGGAUUCGACGGAAUAUACGGGACCGGAAAGCUACGUGGCAGAAAUGAUCAAGGAGAGAAACCUGGACUGGUUCCCCCGGAUGCGAGCCAUGUCGCUGGUGAGCAGCGACUCGGAAGGAGAGCAGAACGAGCUGAGGAACCUGCAGGAGAAGCUGGAGUCCACCAUGAAGCUGGUGACCAAUCUCUCUGGGCAGCUGUCAGAGCUGAAAGAUCAGAUGACAGAACAGAGGAAGCAGAAACAGCGCAUUGGUCUCCUAGGACACCCUCCUCCCAUGAAUGUGAACCCACAGCAACCAGCAUAAAGGAGAAGGGGUCACUUCUCCCUCUUGCAACCAUAGGAAUAAUGCGAAACCAGAGUUCAGAUUCAACCACCGAGGCUGCUUCUGUGUAUGUUUAGUUCAUUUUGUAAAUACCAUGUUUUUAUACUAUAUGUAUAUGACUGCUACUAUAUAAAGUUUGGGGCAUAUGUAUUGUAAUUAGAACUGCUGGCACACGAUGGAGGUUGUACUUGUGCCAAAACUUAUCAAAAUUGCCUUUUUAUCGGAAGGACUAAAGAGAGCACCUGAAUUGCACUUGAAAAGAAUAUUUGACUAUGUGACAUGUAUUUUGUAUUUAAAAAAAAAUAGAGUAGCUAGUAUUUAUGUUUUUAUACAAUUGUGCAAUAUGAAUUAUGCAAUCACAAUAUAUUUGUAACUCCUGAAUGUCCUAAAGGGAGUGCACAUCUUUGAAUCUGGUGUGUUAGUACAAUGUAAUAAAUGGUAUAAAAUUACAGAUGUAAAUGAGGCUGCUGCAAAAUAGUGUUACUGGUGAUUUUUCAUACCCCUGGACAUUUUUGUACCAUGUGUGUAAAUAUCCUGCGAUGCCAUAUCUGUUGCCUCUUCCUCCCAGAAACAACUCUGGGAACUCACGAGCUGUUAAAUUGGUAUCAAUUAAGGCAAAACAUUACUUUGAAGCUUCCAAAUCAGGAAAGCAGGAGGUAUUUUUCAAGUGUUUUCCUCAAAAUACUGAGGCUAGAAGAGCUCAGAUACUGGGUUUUUUAAAUGGUAAAAUUUCUUAAAGGGAACUUUUUAUGCAAAAUAAGUGUUCGGGAUGAGUUUGCACCACUGGUCAAUCAGUGCAGUCUCCUACAGGUGUUUUGUGCCGUGACACUUAGAAACCUAUUCCGAGGCUGUCCAGGCUCUGCCUGCUCAGUGUAGGACUCCUCCCUUUUAUUUUUUCAUUAGAAACCUAUGUGCCUGCUCGAGUUUGAACAAACAGGCGUUGCACCAAUUGAAAUAUGAACUAUCCCAUUAGGACUGUAGUUGAGCACUGAUGUAUGUAAUACUUGUGAGAGAACCACUUGUUUUGAGAUUUUUGUCCCU